AGGCGUCUCUCUCGGGCAGGGUGGUGCCUUAUCUCCCCCAGCUUGUGCCUCCCUCCUUCCACCGCUGCUUGGCUUGCGGGGCUCCUCAGAAUGGGGCCCUGUGAGGCCUGAGGGAUUCUCCUGAUAAGGCCCUGUGCCACCUUUUUCACUCUGGACCCUCACCCAGGACCCCGUGGACAAGGCCUGCUGCCUGAGCUAGGACUCCCCGCUAGGGGCUGCCCAGGGCCCCUCGGCUCGCACCCUCCUGCAGGUGACGGCGGCGAGCCUGUGCGUCCGCAAGCGCCAGAGGGAGGCAGCCGCCAGCCAGGCAUGACCAAGGACACCGAGAACGCGGGCACCAUGACAACCAGUCACCAGCCUCAGGACAGAUGCAGGGCUGUGUGGCUUAUCUUCUUUAUACUGGGUCUGGGGACACUGCUCCCCUGGAACUUUUUCAUGACGGCUGGUCAGUAUUUCAAAACCCGCCUGGACCUGUCCCAGAAUGUGUCCUUGGUCACUGGGGAACUGAGCAAGGACACGCAGGCCUCGCCCGGCCCUCCCGCACCCCCAGCAGAGAGGCAUUCCCUCAGUGCCAUCUUCAACAACGUGAUGACCCUGUGUGCCAUGUUGCCGCUGCUUGUUUUCACCUGCCUCAACUCCUUCCUGCACCAAAGGAUCCCCCAGUCAGUGCGCAUCCUGGGCAGCUUGGUGGCCAUCUUGCUGGUGUUCCUGGUCACCGCCGUCCUGGUGAAGGUGCAGGUGGACGCUCUGCCCUUCUUUGUCAUCACCAUGGUCAAGAUUAUGCUCAUUAACUCGUUUGGUGCCAUCCUGCAGGGCAGCCUGUUCGGUCUGGCUGGCCUCCUGCCAGCCUCGUACACGGCGCCCAUCAUGAGCGGCCAGGGCCUGGCCGGCUUCUUCGCCUCGCUGGCCAUGAUCUGCGCCAUUGCCAGUGGCUCGGAGCUGUCGGAAAGCGCCUUUGGUUACUUCAUCACGGCCUGUGUGGUCAUCGUCGGGGCCAUCUUGUGUUACCUGGCCCUGCCCCGGCUGGAAUUCUACCGCUACUACGCGCAGCUCAAGCUCGAGGGGCCUGCCGAGCAGGAGACCAAGUUGGAUCUCAUCAGCAAAGGAGAGGAGCCAAGAGCAGGCAAAGAGGAAUCUGGGGUGUCUGCCCCCAACUCUCAGCCCACCCCCAGAAGCCAUUCUAUCAAAGCCAUCCUCAAGAAUAUCUCAGUCUUGGCUCUCUCCGUCUGCUUCAUCUUUACCGUCACCAUUGGAUUGUUCCCUGCUGUGACUGCUGAUGUCCAGUCCAGCAUCAUGGGUGCUGGCGUCUGGGGAAAGUAUUUCAUUCCUGUGUCCUGUUUCUUGGUUUUCAACAUCUUUGACUGGCUGGGCCGGAGCCUCACGGCGUUCUUCAUGUGGCCUGAUAAGGACAGCCGCUGGCUGCCAAGCCUGGUGGUGGCUCGCCUGGUGUUCGUGCCUCUGCUGCUGCUGUGCAACGUGCAGCCUCGCAGCUACCUGCCCGUGGUCUUUGAGCAUGAUGCCUGGUACAUCCUUUUCAUAUCUACCUUUGCCUUCUCCAACGGCUACCUCGCCAGUCUCUGCAUGUGCUACGGACCCAAGAAAGUAAAACCCAUGGAGGCAGAGACGGCAGGAGCCGUCAUGGCCUUCUUUCUGUGCCUGGGCCUGGCGCUGGGGGCCGUUUUCUCCUUCUUCUCCCGGAACAUUGUGUGACCAUCCAAGAGUACCGAAGGACCACACUGCCCUCCUCCUUCUGCCAGGGACGAGCAGGGGGCCUAGAGAUUUGCUCUUGCCACCGACUUCUGCUUUUUUCCAUGGGGGAGGGGGCUGGAUGUUCAGGCCCCCCAAGAGGGAUCCUCUGCAGAUGGACUUGGACGCUGAAGGGUCAGCAAUGGCAAGGGAAUAAUGGUCGCUGGUUGAUGGGUCUCACUGAUCUCUGUUUGAGCAGAGCAUGAGAGACUCAAGUGAGUGUGUGUUAUGUGUGUGUGUGUGUUUCGCGUCUGUCUGUCCCCGAGGUGGCUGGGGGCCAGGACUGACUUGUAUCAUGUGAUCUGCUAUUUCCUCUUCCUCCUCUGUUGGUCUCUUCCUCCUGUUCCCCGUGUCCCCACCCACCGCUCUUUGCCUUGUUUUUUAUACUCGACAGAAACCAGGUGCCUUCAGGGGCUCUCUGAUGAAAUAAACUUAAUAUUUUUUCCCCUUUA